AUGGUUGAUUUAAGUGCAUCUGGUAGUGGGAAUCAACAGUUAUUCAAUUGUUGGAACGGUUCUAUGAUGUUGAACAUGCUUCUGGAUGAACUUGAUAUUCGACAAUUAAACAUUGACUGGAUUCGUUUUCAUGUUGGUCUUGUCAAUCAAGAACCAAUUUUGUUCGAUUUAGCAAUUGCUGAAAAUGUAGUAUAUGGAUUAGAGAAUAUUCCCAUGAAAGACAUUAUCAGUGCUGCAAGUAAAGCUAAUAUUCAUGAUUUUAUUGAACAAGUACCUCAGGGUUAUGAGACAAAAGUAGGGACGAAAGGGAGUUUUUUAACAGGUGAUGAGAAGCAAAGUAUUGCUACUGCUCGAGCACUUCUUUGUCAACCUAAAAUAUUGUUCUUAGAUGAGACUACAAGCGCCAUGGAUUCAUACAAUGAACAAAUGGUUCAACAAGCUCUAAACAAAGUGCAAGCAGAAGAUCCUAGUCAAACAUCACUCAUUAUUGCUCAUCGUCUUUGA